CUUUCAGGAAGUGCUACUGCUGCCGUUGCUGCUGCUACUGCUGCUUGGACCAAACAACACAAGAUGUCAUCAGGUCUGCUCUUCAUGUUGCUCCUUUGUGGAUUGGGGAUCGGAGGAAAUAUACUUUGUGAUGCACAGCCAGUUUGCCGUCAUUGUAAGAGAUGCCCUCCUUCAUGGACUUUAUAUCGAAACCGCUGUUUCGUGUUCAAGAGUACUGAAAUGACAUGGGGAGGUGCUGAGGAUUAUUGCAUUGACCAUGGUGGACAUUUGGUCUCCUUUCAUGAUGAAGUUGAGUACUACUUCAUCAGGGGACUCAUUGUGAGAGCUUCUGGAACCAACACAAAAAGUUGGAUUGGAGGCGUCAAGGGACAAUUCGGUGAAUGGACAUGGAGCGAUAGAUCCGAGAUCACCUACACUCAUUGGGGCCCAGGGGAACCAAACAACAUGGGUGGACAUGAGAACUGUGUGGAUAUGAACUGGAAUGGAGAAGAUUACAUCAACGAUGAAGUCUGCAACCAACUAAAUGCUUUUGUUUGCGCUAAAUUUCUGUAAAUGUGCCUCUGUUGUCCCGACAACAUGAUGAUGUUGCUUCCAACAGGAGGUCAAGCCUCGAAGAUGUCCCUUCUGGAGGACAACUGGUCAAAUCUGAUGUCUUACUCAGAUAAUUACCAUGAAUAAAUGUAUGUCCUCAAAUGUUUUUGUCUUUGUCUAUCUGAGGUAAUAUUUGUCAAACCAUCAUUUAAAUUCAAUAGCACAUGAUUAAGCUGCAAAACUUGUCACUGUCAAGUUUGUAAAGACACCCCCCCACCACCACCACCACCACACA